GGCGCGAGAACCUCGGCCCGCGCGCCUUCCUACUCCUCGGCGGCGGCCUCGUCGUGCGCACCCGCGGCCCCCAGCAUGUCGGCGGUGGCCCCCGCUGCAGAGGGAGAGGACGCCCCGGCGCAGCCCGCGUCCGAGAAGGAGCCCGAAAUGCCGGGCGCCAGGGACGAGAGUGAGGAGGACGAGGAGGAGGAAGAGGACGACGACGAGGACGAGGAGGAAGAGAAAGAAAAGAGCCUCAUUGUGGAAGGCAAGAGAGAAAAGAAGAAAGUAGAGAGAUUGACAAUGCAAGUGUCUUCCUUACAAAGAGAGCCAUUUACAAUUGAACAAGGGAAGGGUCAGAAACUAUGUGAAAUUGAAAGGAUACAUUUCUUUCUGAGUAAGAAAAAAACAGAUGAACUUAGAAAUCUACACAAACUGCUUUACAACAGACCAGGCACAGUAUCCUCAUUAAAGAAGAAUGUGGGUCAGUUCAGUGGCUUUCCAUUUGAAAAGGGCAGUACCCAGUAUAAAAAGAAGGAAGAAAUGCUGAAAAAGUUUAGGAAUGCGAUGCUAAAGAGCAUCUGUGAGGUUCUCGAUUUAGAGAGAUCAGGUGUGAACAGCAAACUAGUGAAGAGGAUCUUGAAUUUCUUGAUGCAUCCAAAGCCUUCCGGCAAACCAUUGCCAAAACCCAAAAAAUCCUCAAGCAAAGGUGGUAAAAAGGAACGGAACAGUUCUGGAACAACAAGGAAGUCAAAGAAAAACACUUGGAUUACCAACAGCGGAGUAACAUGCAAAAGUAGGUAA